AUGGCAGAACGCUUGGAGCAGGAUAGUGAUGUUAAGCCGCUACAUUAUUCUGAUCUUUAUCUGGAUGGACAUUAUUAUAUGCUGUUUGCAGAAAAUUCUAAGAUCUGUCUGAACUCGGAAAGCUUUUGUGACGCAGACCAAUGCCGCGUGUUGGAGUUUACUCCUGAAAAAGCAUUUGACGGUAAACGUCUCAUAAACCACGUCAUUCGCAUCGUUGAAGUUCUGACAAUGAGUUUUUGUGACAACAUGUGUUAUAUGGAACCUGACUGUGUCAGCAUUAAUGUUCAUAAACAAGUGAGUGGUCAUGGAGGCUACAAAUGUGAACUGAAUAAUGUUACUCACGAAAGACACGAACACGACCUGGAGAAGAAAGACGAUUAUUUUUAUCAUGCAGCUGAGAGCGCUUGUGUCGAUAACCCUUGCGAUAACAAUUCUACUUGUCAAAGCGGUUUUACUGACAAAGGAUAUCGCUGUUUGUGUACCACUGGAUUCAAAGGUCCAAGGUGUAAGAAAGAUAUAAACGAGUGCGCUGACGGAACAUCCAAGUGCAGUGCUGAUGCUAUGUGCAACAAUACCGAGGGAUCGUAUCGCUGCAAAUGCAAACCAGGAUUUAACGGGGAUGGACGGACUUGCAAUGAUAUCGACGAGUGUUCUACAGGAACAACGAGCUGCAGUGCUGAUGCUGUGUGCAACAAUACUAUGGGAUCGUACAACUGUACAUGCAAAGAAGGAUACUAUGGAGAUGGAAAUAUGUGCCGUUUGGCUUUAACGUGUAAGGAAAUUUUCGACCGGAAUGUAUCGAUCAAGAGCGGUGAGGUUACCCUGCACUCAGACUCAAAGCCAAUUUCUGUUUUCUGUCACAUGGGAGACUUUGGAUGUGGAGAUGGAGGAUGGACGCCGAUCAUGAAGAUUAAUGGCAAUAAGAGUACAUUUCAUUACAAUUCCCAGUUCUGGAGCAACAGAAGUGCUUACAACCUUCCAGGAGGCAAGACUGGCUUUGACUUACAAGAGACAAAGUUACCGACCUACUGGAACACACCCUUCUCCAAGAUCUGCCUCGGUAUGAAGAUUGAUCAUCAGCUCAGGUUCAUUGUCAUCCACAGGCACGCCAACUCACUGUUCUCACUGAUCGCUGAUGGGAAAUACCGUGCCACCUCACUGGGUCGUAACACGUGGAAGUCGCUGGUUGGUCCACGGGCUUCCUUGCAGCUCAACUGCAGUAAGGAAGGAUUCAAUGCAGUGGGAAGCAACCCUCGUUAUUCCAAAGCAAGAAUCGGCAUCAUUGCUAACCAGCAGAAUGACUGUUCCUCCUGUAACUCACGAAUUGGUUUUGGCACAGGAGGUCGAUAUGAUGAUUCCAACACGUGUGGAAAUCAGGCAACGCACUCGCCAGAUAAUGGAAAGAAGCACAUCAAAGCCAUGGGUUACAUCCUAGUACAGUGACAGGAAACCCAGCCCAACUUCCCAAAUUUUAAGCCGAGAGGCCAUCAUG